CUUUGAUGCCUGUGAUCUUUUGAAGCUUAUGAUCUUAUAAUGAUGUCAUGAAGGUUCCACAUUCCAACUCCCUAAGGGAUAGCCUUGCAGAUACUGAGUCUGGUCAUUUACCCUUGGAUUACAUUAAGAGUAAGAAGACAAAAUCUACUCAAACUUUACUCAGCUUGAAAAGUGUUUGGAAACAUUUGACAACAAAAAUGUCUUUCCUAACCUCAGAUAGUGACAGUGAAAACAACAAGGAGUCAGCGCCUGCACCAUUUCAGAUAAAAAAGCUUGACGUCCUCUGCAGCAAGUCUGUACGCUACCUUGUACUAGACUUUAAUGGCGAAGGAUGUUUCGGCAAAGUUGCCAAAUGUCUUAACUUAAAAACAUCUGAGAUUACGGCCAUCAAGAUCCAUAAAAUGAGUGAAAAUCACAUGAUUAAAAAAGAAGUGGAAAUGCUGACAAAGAUCAGGGCUCUUGACCCAGAGAAGAAGAACUUGGUGAGAUUCAUCGACAAUUUCAUGUUUCAAGACGCAUCCUGCCUCGCCUUCGAGAUGUUGGACAGGAGCCUUUGGGACUUACUGAACCAGAGACAGACAACACUAUCUCUUCAUGAAAUCCGCCCGAUCACACAACAGCUGCUUGUAGCCUUUGAAGCCUUGAAGAUUAUCGGCAUUAUCCAUACAGACCUGAAACCUGACAACGUUAUGCUUGUCAACCACCAUGAGGAGCCCUUCAGGGUAAAAUUAAUAGACUUUGGUUUGGCACUUCCAGCAUCCAAAGUAAAGGUUGGAAUGACAGUCCAACCUUGUGCCUACAGAGCCCCAGAGGUGACACUGGGCCUCCCCAUAUCUGAAGCCAUCGACAUGUGGGCACUGGGAUGUGUCAUGGCAUUCCUCUAUUUUGGCGACAACCUCUUCCCUGGUCAAUCAACAUACCACAUGAUGAAAGCUGUUUGCCGUCUGCUCGGUCAGCCGAAAGACCACGUGCUGAGCACUGGGAGGAACACCUGGCAGUAUUUCAGCAGGGAACAGGGCUCACCCAAUCCCAGAUGGAGACUAAAUACACCAAGGGAGUACACAAAGGCAACUGGUGUCCAGCCCCGAAAUCCAAGGUGGAUUUUUAAUGAUGGUAGAAAUUUGGAUAAAUCAGUAGAGUGCUACGCAGAAGUAGAUGACUACACUGAGUAUGAAGACCGGAUGGCAUUUUUACAUUUCCUAAAAGGUUUGCUUGAUACGGAUGCUCAGACAAGAUUCACGCCUGAGCGAGCCCAAAGACAUUGUUUUGUUACAAUGUUUCACCUGCACCAUGAGGACAUGGGCACCAACUCUUAUGCCGAAGACGCCUUAGAGUUGAUGACCGUCUCCCCCCGGGAUGAUUCAGAGGAAUCGCAUGAUUUUCCCAGCAACUCAGAAACUGAGAGAGAGUCAACUGUCUCAAGCGAUGGAGUCACGAGCACUUAUAGCUCCAGUCAUGAAGACACAGACCCUGCUGCAUACCACUAUAUUCGUCAAUGUGCAGCUUUAAGAGCUCAUUUACAUAGACAGCCAUCUUGGACUUCAAGUGCUGAAGAUUCUUACAGUGUCAGUUCCAGUUAUGAAGAACAGGAGCCACAAGAACACUCUAUGGAGCCAGACACCUCUUACCUUUCUGAGGGAGAGUACAUUCCAAUUUCUGGUGAUGCCAACUUCUCUGAUGGAGAGUAUAUUCCAGUUAUCGAUGAUGAAGAUGGUUCUGAUAAUGAGACAGUGGCCGUGAAUAUUAAACACUUUCACUGCAAUGGAACCACUUCAACACAUUUUGAUGGACCUCCACCCCAGACUGGCAUCAAGACAGAGUCACACACUGCAAUACAGAAAGAUUCACUUCCGGAAAGUUCCAGUGAUGGAUAUUUACACACCGACAUCUCCAGUGAUGAAGAUGCCGAUGCUGAUCGAGACUGGGACGAAGCUUUCUUCACUCCUGAGACCUUCGACAGAUCUGCGGUCACAUGAGACCUGGAAUCAGACACUGCUGUAGCCCCGCUGAUGUGUCUUAUCAGCGGAGCUGUGUGGGGUUCCACCGGGUGCUCCGGUUUCCUCCCACAUUCCUAAUAUAUGCAGACUAUGUCAAUAGGCAACUCUAAAUUUGUCCCUAUGUAUCAGCCAUGUGAUAUACUGAUCUUUUAAAUAAAAACAUGUGAAAAUAUGAUUUGUUAUUGUUAUUGAGAAUGUUGAAAAAAAUAAGAAUGCUUAUACUAUACUGUGUUUUAAAAACUGUACUGUGAGUGAGACUUGUUUUCU